AUCCACAAGUGUUGUCGCCACCGGUGCAUCAAGACCCUCUACGUCAUUUACAAGUGAGACCACCGCCUCCACCGGUGCAGAGAGGGCUACAACGUCGACAUCAUCCACAAGUAUGACCUCCACCGGUGCAGAGAGGUCUACAACGUCGACAUCAUCCACAAGUAUGACCUCCACCGGUGCAGAGAGGUCUACAACGUCGACAUCAUCCACAAGUAUGACCUCCACCGGUGCAGAGAGGUCUACAACGUCGACAUCAUCCACAAGUAUGACCUCCACCGGUGCAGAGAGGUCUACAACGUCGACAUCAUCCACAAGUAUGACCUCCACCGGUGCAGAGAGGUCUACAACGUCGACAUCAUCCACAAGUAUGACCUCCACCGUUGCAGCCAUGGAGGAUGAUGAAAUGGAGGAAGCACCUCUGGAUCUAGGACCACCUGAGAUGAUUAUGAACCUCACAGAAGUGACCACUGAGGACCUCGUUGAACAGGAUGUGGCCGUGGAGACAAACGAAGAGGAACAACGUCACACCAGGCGUCAUCGGAGGCACCAGCCCCCAGAUCCACUCAACUCAUUUCAGCAGAGGCUCCUCCAAGCCGUCGAGAGGGAUGCAGCCCAACCUGAUGCUCACAGGAAGGAGGAUGAAGAGACCCUCUUUACCAUGAGCCUGGUGCCAACACUGAAGAGGCUGCGUCAGCGAACAAAAGCAGCAGUCAAGGUUCAAAUGUAUCGGCUGCUUUUCGAAGCAGAGUUCAAUGGUACAUUUUAA